AUGGCCGCGACACGCCCCACUACGGCGCAGGCUGCGCCGCCGCCGUCGCUGGUCGUCGCAAAGACCAUGCUCACAGCCGCUCUUAUGCGCGCCGACCCCGUUGCCGUCGCCAAAGACGACAUCCAGAGCUUCCACAGCCUGCUCGACGCAGCCCUCCUCACCUGCUCGCCCGCCAAUCUCCAGAAAUGCAAGGAUUGGCUACUGAAGAACACUGGGAAAUCCACCAAGCGCCUCGACGCCUUGGGCAAGUACCUGGCCCGCCUGACCCAGAGCUUGGCUGAACCGACCAGCCCCUCCAAGCGUGAUGCGCCCUCCAGCAGGCGCAAGAUCCUGCACCUGCUUUACCUGCUCCAUGAUCUCGUGCAUCACGUCAGGGCCCAUGACGCCCAGCCCGCCCAGCUGACCAAGCCUCUCGAGCCGCACCUUGAGCUAAUCUUCACCACUGCCCUAUCGCUCCAAGCCUCUGGCAAAUCCAAGCUGCGCCAGCGCCUCGCUAAGCUCACUGAGCUAUACCAAGACACCAAACUGUAUAGCGAAAGCUACCGCAGUCGCAUAUCUAAGGCUCUGAAAGAUGCAACUGUCCCAGCACCCGCCAAGUCUGCGCCACCGAAAGAUCGCACAACCAAAGAAGCACCCUACGUCCUUCCAGCCUUUCAUGGAGAGCCUGAUGGUCCGUGGUACGACUUGCCUGCCGGUGCUCUCCUGCCGCAUAUUCGUGCAAACGACCCGAGGCCCAUCAACCCUCACAAUAUCAAGGCAGUGGAUCUGAGGAACAAAUCCGUCGAGAUAGGCCUGAUAAAUGCCGUCAAGGAUCUGUUGGGUUACUCGGACAAUCUCUAUACCGACGACGAAGGCAUUGUGGCCGACAUCGACAUGAUGGGCCAGCCGCUGGUCCGCGACGAGCUCACUGGCUUCCCGAACUUCCCUCCUCCUCCCCCUCCCCCGCCCAACUACAAUGGGCCUUGGCCACCGCCACCACCGCCGCCAAUGGGUGGUGCCAAUGGCAACUUCAAUCAGUUCCCUCCGUUCCCUCCACAACAACCCAACAUGCCUAUGGGAUAUCCGAUGCCGGGCGUGCCACCUCCACCGCCGCCAUCCAACUAUCCACCUGGCCAGCAUUGGCAGCAGCAGCAGCAACAGGCCUGGGGUCCUCAGGCCAACAGUGGCCAACAAUGGCAGCAAAAUAACGGGUACGACCGCGGUCGUGGAAGGCGGUAUUAG